AUGGACGCGCAGAUGAGGCUGAUAAUCCAGGCAACAACACUGAUUAGUGUGAUUCAGGCAUGGGUCAUGUUCAUGCACCAGAGAGCUGUUCGUCGUGCUUGGAGACCAUUGAUCCGCUAUGGUCCAUUGUUUCCCCGGGAACAGGAGAGGAUCAAAAAUCUGAACUACAUCUACAACUGCAAUGACGUCGAGGCUCUGUGGAUGCUUAGAAUGAAAAAAGCAUCAUUUGCCAGGCUUGUCGAGACCUUCAGGAGCAGGGGGCUGUUACAAGAUAGUAUCAACACCAGUGUUGAAGAGCAAGUGGUCAUAUUCCUCCAUGUUGUUGGCCAUAACCAGAGGUUCAGGGUCAUUCACAACAUGUUCAGGAGAUCAACGGAGACCAUCUCUAGGUACUUCAAGCAAGAUUGCAUUGGGGCAAUAGAUGGUACUCAUGUCACUGCAAGAGUUCUUAGGUCACAGUCUGUAGCAUACAGGAGGAGGAAGCACUACACAAGCCAGAAUGUGCUUGCUGCUGUUGACUUUGAUCUGAAGUUCACAUAUGUGCUGGCUGGCUGGGAGGGGUCAGCGCAUGAUGCUAACAUUCUCACUGACAGCAUGAGUCGACCUGAUGGGAUCAACAUCCCCGACGGCAAAUUCUACCUUGGAGAUGCUGGUUAUGCAUGUUGGUCGGGUAUUCUUCCACCCUUCAGAAAAACAAGGUACCAUCUCAACGAGUUCUCUGGUAGGAACUAUCCUAGGACUGCACAUGAGCUGUUUAAUCUCAGACACUCCGGCCUUAGAGUAACUGUUGAGAGGGCAUUUGGAGCUCUGAAGCAUAGGUUUAAGAUCCUGGAUCAGAAGCCAUUCCACCCAUACUUCACUCAGGUUAGGCUAGUUCUUGCUUGUUGCAUUCUGCAUAACUGGAUCCUCCAGUGGGGCUUUGAUGAACACGUGCCUGAGGAGGAAGAUGUCGAGCCUGACGAUGUUGUUAGCUCUGGGCAUGGUGUGAAGGCAUUUGACAAUGACGCUUGGAAAAACAAAAAGUUGGAGUGGGCAGAGGCGAUGUGGCUUAACAGAGUGGAGCGAGCAGAAACGCCUCAGCAACGCCUUCUAGAAGGAAGCGGCGCCCGCAGGCGUCGCCGUCGCCUGCCCCAGCCCAAGACUAGCAGCAAGGUCUUAACCCGGCUCUGCAUUGCCAACCACCAAGCUCAGCCAGACCACCACCGCAGUCGCGCGCCCGGCGGCCGCUGGCCCCGAGCGCCCAACAUCCGCCGCGACCACCUUCAGAUCUGGACGCCGGGCCCAGAUCUCCAUCGUUGCCACCGAUCCACGCCGGAUAACCGCCAGCCCCAUGCGCCCGCCGGUCAUCGCAGCCACCCGCAGAACUGGACGCCGGGGCCCGAUCUGCCACUCACCGGCCCCUUGGAGCCCACGGCCGCCGGCGCACAGAGCCGCCUACAGUCUCCGCGCCGUCGAACCCGCUCCUGCCUGACCCUUCUCCUCUGCUGCAGUACAACCGCGAGUACACCACGCCCUCAGCAGGGCCAUCCCCCACCAUGCGCACUCCGGAGGCCCCCACGCCUCACCUCCUCGCCAGAUCCGGCCGUCGCGCCACCGGCCGAUCCAGAUCCGCGAGCACCCAGCCGCAGCAGCCUACAAGGGCCAGCACGCCUGGGCCGGAUGCGCCGCCUGCAGCGCCGCCCAGACGCAGGCACCAGCCACGCGUGCGCCGCCGCGCCAUCUAUACACCAGACUGAGGGUGCGUACGACCCACGGCCCGACUCGCGGUGGACGGCGUGCCUCCUGGUUUACCGCCUGUGGUUCCCUCCGAAAUCCCUGAGGUACAACCACCUCUCCUCUCCCGGGGUUGGAGCUCGAUCGAUGGCCAUGGCGGUGAGGGAAGAGAAGAUGGUGAUGAUCGUCGGCCGUGACGCACAUAAGCUGGCACGGCUUCGCGAGAUCCGCUCGUGGUAUGCGACCAAAGGAGAUUUGAACCAGGAGGCCCAUUUUGGGGACGGCUCCGGUGAGGGUGUCACACGGUAG